CUCCCUGCUAAACUAAUAAUCUGUACACAACUACUCAAUCUUUGUUCGCAAAGGACUGUAAAGCCUUUGUAUCAAUUACGUGCUUUACAUUCUGCCCCCACUAUGCCACCACUCAAAGGCUUCUCCGACAACUCGUUCAAGACCCACGACGACUUCAAAGAUGCAUGUGUUUCGCUUCUUCGCGCCCUGAAACAGUACCAAUCUCCUGGCGGUGCCCGGAUCAGACUGCCUUUAGUGACUGGGACUCACUUCGACGAUAUUGCAGCCCAGCUUGAAGGGUACGCACGUCCGUUGUGGGCGAUAGGCACCCUCAUCCAUGGGGACUGUCUCACUGCAGAAGACACUGAAGAGCUAGUCGAACCGUAUGUCAGGGGACUGGCGAACGGCACAGAUCCCUUCCACGAAGAGUAUUGGGGAGAGGUAGUCGUUCGAGACCAGCGAAUGGUAGAGAUGGAAAUCAUAUCCUUUGCGCUGCUCGCUGCGCCCGAUUCAUUCUAUCACUCGCAAGCCGCAUCGACGCAGGAGAAUAUAAAAAAGUGGCUUUACGCUUGCAAUGGAAAGGAUUUCCCCGUGACAAAUUGGUUGUGGUUUCGCGUAAUGACGAAUCUCGCACUAGUCAAAGUUUGCGGUGUGCCUUAUACCGAAGUCGAACAGUUCAUGCAAGCCGACCUCGAAGAGAUGGAUCAAUUCGAUAUCGGUGAGGGAUGGAGUGCCGAUGGAACGUGGGUGGAGGAGAGACGGCAAGCGGAUUACUAUUCCGGCAGCUUCGCCAUACAAUUUUCGCAAUUACUGUAUGUGAAGUUCGCGGCCGAUCUAGACAGACCGAGAUGCGAGAAGUUCAAAGAGAGUGCACGGGCAUUUGCUACUUCAUUCUGGAAGUACUUCGAUCAGAACGGCGCGGCCAUACCUUUCGGUCGUAGUUUGACAUAUCGCUUUGCGUUCGCAGGAUUCUGGGCCGCAGCAGCUUUUACCCAAGUCGAACUUCCACCACCAUUGAAUGACUGGGGCGUCAUCAAGGGCCUUCUCCUACGACACUUCAGGUGGUGGUCGAAGAAAGAAGACAUAUUCAACAUCGAUAGCACACUGACCAUUGGCUUUCUAUACCCAAACAUGUACAUGAGCGAGGACUACAAUUCACCUCAGUCGCCAUACUGGGCCAUGAAGUCAUUCGUUGCGCUGGCUCUGUCCAAAUCUCAUCCGUUCUGGAAUGCAAAGGAAAGACCUCUGCCAGACGUUGGGAAAGAUGUUGCGACUGUGAUCAAGCCGCCCAUGCAAAUUGUCUGCCACACGGGAAACCAUCAUUAUCUUCUAUCUUCUGGUCAAUUUUGUCCUUGGCCGUUGAAAGCCACCGAAGCGAAGUAUGGAAAGUUUGCUUACUCGUCACAUUUCGGCUUCAGCGUACCGACUGGACCGAUUCUGAUGCAGACAGCCCCGGAUAGCACACUUGCCUUGAGCAAAGACGAAGGAGACACCUGGCGGGUAUCCUGGAGACCGAAAAGAUACCAGAUUCGGACAGCAGCUUUCAUGAGAGAAGGAGAAGCUGUAGAAGAAAUUCCAGUACUUUGGAGUAGUUGGAAGCCUUGGAAAGACGUUGCCGUGGAGGUGGAGACAUCAAUCAUCGCACCAUGUAAGAGGUGGCCAGAUUGGUACAUCACAACACAUACCAUCAGAAAUGAGGGCGACCGAGCUGUGCAUAUCGAUGGUGUUCAGGGCGGAUUCUCGACCCAAGGAAGGUGUAGUGAGCGGGGUGGGGUUCUGCCGGCCUUCUCCACGGAUGACUUUUCAGUCAAAGCGGACUCGGAAUACCAGGAGGGUACUAUUGAGGAGGGUACAGGAUGCUUGAUCCUAUCAGAUGCGGGUGCGAGUGGCAUAAGGCAUUUAGACUCAGAUGAAUCAACCGUCAGCGAAGUGGAAGCGAGUGCAUUGAAGCCAGAUGCGAACACCAAUCUGGUAUGGCAAAGAUCGCUGAUUCCGACUGUGAACUUCAAAUUGAAUUCGUUUCGCAAAGGCUCUGAGACGAUGUUAGCCAAUGCCGUAUUCGCAAUGGCUCGAAGACAGGGCAUGGAAUCUAGGUAUAGCAGUGUAGACACAAGGGAGAAGUGGACAGAUGUGCCUAUAUUAAGACACGGCAGCGAAAAUAGUGACGAGAAGGAGUAUAUAUUUAUCUAG